UCGUAAUAGCAAAGAAAAGAACAGUCCUUCCUUUCCAGCCCCAGCCCCGGACCCUACAGCUGCCAAGAUGCUGAUGCCUAAGAAGAACCGGAUUGCCAUUCAUGAACUCCUUUUUAAGGAGGGAGUCAUGGUGGCCAAGAAGGAUGUCCACAUGCCUAAGCACCCGAAGCUGGCAGACAAGAAUGUGCCCAACCUUCACGUCAUGAAGGCCAUGCAGUCUCUCAAGUCCCGAGGCUGCGUGAAGGAACGGUUUGCCUGGAGACAUUUCUACUGGUACCUUACCAAUGAGGGUAGCCAGUAUCUCCGUGAUUACCUUCAUCUGCCCCCAGAGAUUGUUCCUGCCACCCUACAUCUGCCCCCCGAGAUUGUUCCUGCCACCCUACACCGCAGCCGUCCAGAGACUGGCAGGCCUCGGCCUAAAGGUCUGGAGGGUAAGCGACCUGCAAGACUCACAAGACGGGAAGCCGACAGAGAUACCUACGGACAGUGUUCUGUGCCCCCUGGUGCUGACAAGAAAGCCGAGGCUGGGGCUGGGUCGGCAACCGAAUUCCAGUUUAGAGGCGGAUGUGGUCGUGGACGUGAUCAGCCACCUCAAUAAAACUGGAGAGGAUUAUUUCACAUUGAAUAAACUUACAGCCAAAACA